AUGACUGAGCAUGCUCAACAAAUGGCUCAUGGAACAAUUCAGGGAGUUCACACAGCGGGGAUGACUGGUCCAUUAACAUUAAGGAAGGCUUACAUCUUUAUUCACGAGUUCUCACAGUGGAGGCUUCUCGCGAGAUAUCAGACCUUGGAACCUUGGGACACUGCAGCGACUCGCCAUGCCCUUCUUCCUACAAAUGUAUCCAUACACACGACAACAUUUCAUGCCUUGCAGUGGAUUGUACAGCGGGUACUUACGGGAAGGACGGACGGUGUAUCCCGUGCCCUGAGGCUCAAUAUAACAGCGGAAGUAGUCUACAGUGGUGUUCGAUGUGCAAACCAGGGACUUAUCAGGAUCAGACCGGUUCUACCAGUUGUAAGCCUUGUCCUACUGGCACAUACCAGCAUGAAAAAGGCAAAACAAGCUGUGACCCAUGUCCUGUCGGCGAACAUAGUCCUAAUGUCGGCAGUGUGCAGUGCACUCAUUGUCCCCCUGGGACAUACCAGGACCAGACCGGGUCAACGACAUGUCGUCACUGCCCCAGUGGCACCUACCAACCCAACCACGGCAUGAAAU